GAGGAGAUCCCUCUGGCAGCGUACCAGCGCUAUCGCCUGUUCUUGCAGCAGGUGCAGCUUCGCAGAGGCAGCCAGGCGCGGCGCUAUGUGCUGAAAGGUCAACUGAUUCACCUGCAAUACCUGGAUGAAUUGAGGUCGGUCUUUCCCGAUGCACGCGUGAUUUGGUGCCACCGGCCCGCCGAGCAGGUGGUGGGCUCUCUAUGUUCCUUGCGGAAAAGCCAGCAGGAGGUGUUCUUGAGUGUAGCACCCGAUCGCUCAGAGGUGGGCCGUGGGGUGCUGAAGUACCUCUCCGUCGCCCUCGGCAGGGCGGGCGAAGUGCUUCAGCAGGCCGAGACGACCGAGCACCUAGUGCAUGUACAGUACGAAAGCCUUGUAGCUGACCCAGUGGCUGUUGUGGAGAAAAUCUAUGAGUCUUACGGAUGGCGCGUGAGCGAAGAGCAUCGUGAGGCGAUGGAGAUGUACCUCGCCGAAGCCGUGGCUCAGCGUUCCCGCUCAGAGAUCGGGUGCGUCAGUCCGCCAAUAUCUCUUACUGGCGUCCAAUGGUGAGGCAAGAAAAGAUACCAUGACGCGCUUCUUGGGCAUGAGUGAGUUUUUUGGUGGCCUACUGACGGGCAGUUGUGGGUGGACUUGUGAAGAAAGAUAGGUGUCCGGAAAGUUCAUCCUAGUAACUGCACUCAUAAUGGUGAAUCUACAAGGGAAUAAAUCCUUAAUCGUCAUCCGUUUAAUUAACUUGGAAGCUCACCAAGUUUCGUACACAGCAGAUGCAAACCAUACUGUACUUAGAUGUUCCUUGUAGGCACUCUCUUGCAGAGUGCUAGUGGUAUGGCCAAGAAGCUGUGAGAUUUUAGGUGAUCAGAGAUCAGUUUUGGUUACCUACAAACUAUUUGGCUAUGGAUAGUCACAAUCAACAACAUCCAGGGCAACCAUCUGACACCAGCUCAGAAAGUCAAGCCACGAUUAUGUGGUUCGGAUUUGUAUAAUGAAGUAUCAUGCCAGCAGUAUCAUGUCGUCUAUAUGAUAUAAAUAUAUAUACGUGUCUCUACUAUACAAAUAUGAUCAAAUAUGUCUAGCAUCUCAAGGU